AACCACGCACAGUCACCAGAGUCACUCCGCUCUCAGGCUUUGGGCUGGUUUCUCACCCGCACCUCCCGGACAUCGCAGAUGAACUGUUUGACGGACCACAAAAGAACAGUUCCUGCACGAGCACCUUUAGCGUGCGUCAAAGACGCCCUACUGUCGGUCUUUGCUCGCUUUCUUCACAGAUACCUUGCUGGUGCUCGUGGAUUACGGGGAAUAGGGAGCAGCCUGUGGGCGCUUAACUCUUUAAAUCAUGGAAUUAUGGAUAAAGUUAAUGUUUUUGUACAGCUGCUGUUUUGGAGCAAGUGCAGACUUCGAUGGCAGGUGGCCUCGACAGAUGGCAUCAUCCAAUGGCCUGUGUCGUUACGGGGCCAGGGUGGACUGCUGCUGGGGAUGGACGCGACAUUCCUGGGGUCACUGCCAGCCUCUCUUCGCCUUAACUCACAGAGUAGUUGGGAGAAGGUGCCAGCCCCAAGCUGUGUGCCAGCCUGCCUGUAAGCAUGGAGACUGUGUGGGACCCAAUAAGUGCAAGUGCCAUCCUGGCUACACCGGCAAGACCUGCAAUCAAGAAGAGGCGCUGGGCUAUUUAACCCCACCAGUGUGGGCCAGUCACCUUCCUAUCUUUGUUCCCGUGGAUCAUCAACCAGUGGGAGUAGUGACGGAGGACCUGAAUGAAUGUGGGCUGAAGCCGAGGCCCUGUAAACACAGGUGCAUGAAUACCUACGGGAGUUACAAGUGCUACUGCUUAAAUGGCUACAUGCUGAUGCCUGAUGGGACCUGUGGAAAUGCUCGCUCUUGCAGUAUGGCCAACUGCCAGUACGGCUGUGAGGUGCUGAAAGGAGAGGUCCGAUGUCAGUGUCCGUCGCCUGGGCUACAGCUGGCUCCGGAUGGAAGAACUUGCGUGGAUGUGGAUGAAUGUGCAGCAGGCAUAGCUGUGUGUCCCAGGUUCAGGAAAUGCAUCAAUACAUUUGGUAGCUACAUUUGCAAGUGCCACGAAGGAUUUGACCUGCAAUACAUCAAUGGAAAAUAUCAGUGCAUAGAUGUGGAUGAGUGCUCUGUAGGUCAGAGCCACUGCAGCAGCUUUGCCACCUGCUACAACACGGCAGGCUCAUACAAGUGCAAAUGCAAAGACGGCUACAGGGGGAUGGGACACGACUGUAAACCUAUUCCAAAGGUGGUUAUUGAUCCCCCGAGACCGGGUAAACUACCUCCAAAUCAUUUCAACUACAUCCCAGAUAAGGAUCACAGGAGGACCACCACUGUCCGCCCACCAGUGACUCCAAAGAAAGUCUUUCCCAUCAUCCCCAAAGUUCCAACCACGACUACAACCAAAGCGCCACUGCCCCCAAGAAGGAUCACCCCAGCUCCACGCAAGCCAGCAGUUCCCACCAGAAAGCCCUUUGUCCCCACCAGAAAGCCAUCAAUACCCACACGCAAACCCUACAUCCCACCAAAGCCAAAAGUUCCCACCAGACAACCCCCACCACCACCACCACCACCACCAGUCACACCCAUAGACAACACCAUCCAGAAGGAGGUCACGAAACAGAGAGGAGAUGUUCACAUCCCUCGAAACCACGACCACAACACUGUCCUCGACACAGACUUUGACAUUGAGCUCGGCAACACAGCAGAUGAAGCCAAGGAUGACCCAGAGUCAGGGUAUCUGAGCUGCUCCUUUGAUGACGGUCUUUGCGGCUGGAUCAGGGACAAAGACGGAGACCUGCAUUGGGAGACGACGCCUGACCCGACUGGUGGACGGUACCUUACAAUUCCCGAAACAGGAAACAAGAGGACUGGGCGAGGGGCUCGGCUGGUACUCCCACUCACCCCACCCUGGAAUGAUGGCAACCUGUGCCUGUCUUUUCGUCAUAAGCUGGCAGGUCACCACGUGGGAAUGCUUCAAGUGUUUGUAAAGAAGGGAAAGCAGUACAGUCCGGCAGUGUGGGGGCGAACAGGUGGUAACGGCUGGAGGCACACUCAAAUCACAUUAUGGGGUACAGGCCUGGAAAGUGUGAUCCUGAAAGGGGAGCGUGGGCGGGGCAGGAAUGGAGAGAUGGCUGUGGACGACAUCACCUUGAGGAAAGGCUCCUGCACAGAGGAGCACAAUCUGAGGAGACUCUGACUGAAAGAACAGAGGGGGACAGAAAAAAAAAAGAAAAAACUGAGGGAAAAUCAUCUCCAAGAGAACUGACUCUGUUGUGACUCCCCCUAUUUUUGCCUGGGCUUUCUCUUGUCCCUCCCUCAUCCAGUUCUCCUGUGUCUCUGAAGAAUUGAGAAUCUGCAGAACAGUGGGUUUCUCGUCCUCAACUGUCCAUGAAUUCACUGGACUGGACCUAAUCUCAUGGACAGAUAAUAAAUCCCAGCCCUCUCACCCCAUGACCUUGAUAUUCUGAAACCUGCAUGUACCUAGUUAUCAUGGAAAUAUCCAUCACCUCACACAGCGCUGGCAGCCUUCCAUCCUUACCGCUGAUAGGUCCCCAUUCAUUCAUUUCUUUCUAGGGGGAUGCCCGCUCCUUCACUUCAGAGUCUGCUUUGGUUCUACCUUCACCUUUUACAACAAGCCAUCAUCUUUUUUUUUUACUUUUUUUUGGAUUUUUAUUUCUUUUUUUAAUUUGCUUGAUGGUAAAACAUGUGGUACAAGUGGCAAUUUUUGUUGUUCUAGGUUAGAGAUGAAAACAUUUGUAAAAAGGUUAAUUUUAUUAGUCAUAAUUUGGUUUUAUUCCUGAUUCAAGGCUGAUGCUGGAUCAGUUUUAAAGUUUUUUUUUUGUUGCUGGUCUAAUCUGGGAUUUAGCUCACAUGUAAAGUUUUUUUAAGUCCGAUUCAAUCAGCCCUGCUUAAAAGCUGUCAAAAUAAAAUUAAACUGAACUGAAAAUGUAACCUUUUUUUCUUUAACGUCAUAUUGCAAUCUUUAUUAAAGUGCAUACUGCCACCUACUGUAUCAGAGAAGUUGCCUCAUAAUAAGUAUUAGGUUACUUGCAUCCACACAGGCAAAAAGUCUUUACCUUUCAUCAUCUAUAGCAAGGAAAGACUUUUGACAUCCUCAGACUGGAAGUUCCUUUUCAGUGACUUACACUGAGUCCAUAGAAACAGUUCAAUCUUUACAAAACACUUGUGAAAAAAGCCUUAGUUAUUGAUUUCCCACAAUUAAAUCCCAGAGUAAUGUCUGGAGCCAUACAACCUUUCCUUUGUUGACACUGUUUUCAGCUAUUUAGCACCUUCUCUAUUCUGACCUUUAACUGAAGCCUCCAAAAGUCAAAUUUUCAGGCACUCCAAAUGUGUAAAACAGGAUCAGUUCAUGAUUUUUGAGGCUCGCAAAUCAACAGUUUCUUUCUAUUGUGCUUUGUUAUAUUAAGUGCAUUUGUUAUACAGACAAUACAACCAGUUUUUUAUGCUGUCAUGAAUGGUAUUAUUGUAAAUGUAGCUGUGUGUACAUACUCUCUAUACAAUCCCAUAGUUGUGUGGUUUAUAUGUUAUGUAAAGUCAUACAUGGAUACUAAGUGGAUUUCAAGUGAUUGGUAAUUCAACGUUUAAUUAAAGAACAGAUGAAAAUCUUA